AAGAAAUGACUUCAUGCAAUCAAUGUGUUUGAACAAGACAAAACCUAUGAAUCAAAUUUGAGAGUACAAAUGUAUUUUCCUUUGACAAAAGCACAUCAGUUGACAUUUGUCUUUUUCUCUCAAUUGAACCCACUCAAACAAGCUCCUCCCAGGGGAUGUGGUCUCCAGCAUAAUUUUUCAGCCACUUACAGUUUUAGUCAGUUAGCGAAUGACUUGGGAUCAAUCAAGUUCUGCAGUUGGAAUUUGAGCUGAGGUGAACAUGACGUUCUCUUUUGGCAUCUUUCUGCUGGUCUGCUUCACUUUGGUGGGAUUUGGCUCAGCAAUUCGCUGCUUCAGUUGUAAAGAUUACACUGCCAGUUGCUCCAAACAGCGAGAUUGUAGCUAUGACGAUGCCUGCCUGACACUCACAGAAAGAGGAGGGAUGACCUUCCGCCAGUGCCUCAAGUAUUCAGACUGCGAGUACAGCCGACUGGGACAGAUGUUCCCACAGGUGUCCAGUUUCACAUUCAAGUGCUGCAACUCGGAUCUGUGUAACUCAGCCCACUCUUCAGCAGCAAGUUCUCUGAUUGGUGUGCUGGCAUCGAUAGCUGCCACAUGGUGGGUGACCCACUAACUUCACCGGUUUGACUGAUCCCAGCUUCCGAUCAUACCAUCGAUGACUACGUGGAACUGCUUAUCGGUUGGAUAGGUGUCUCUUUUCUAUAUAAAAAUUCACUGGUGUUUGCAGAGUUUUAAUACGAUCCCAAUCUAUGUAUUUGAUGUAAAGCCACAUCAUUAAUGAAUACUGACAAAAACAAAACAAAACGAGCACUUCAAGAUCCGUCUCAGGGUGAUGAGGACAGAUUAGAAACAUACGAUCACUACUUGAUGUCAUGAAUUCCCUUAAAGGCAUGGGUCAGUUAUGACUGAAACCACAUAUAUAUAUAUAUAUAUAUAGAAUAUGUCAUCGUUAAGGCGGUAACCGUACACAAAGUGUAACGGUGGGGUAUGUACCUUGGUUUCAAAGUCAUUGGUUGGAGUACAGUAAGGGCUCAAAAUGCAAAACAAACUGCUCAUAUUUUGUGUAAAUGGGGAAAUGUAAUGAAACAGAUUGAAAAUGUUCUUUUUAAGAAUGUAGAACAGAGAGUUUGUCUUCAUUUUAGGAAAUGAUGCAGGCAAGUACAACAGUUAAAAUUUGAACAGUCGUAAUUACUAUGCCGGUGGACGUUGCAUUUGCACUGUGCUACUUAAAAGACAACAACAUAUGACUAGCCCUGACGUCCGCUAUUCAGAAACUGAGCUGCACUGUGGUUGUUUAUGGCAUGCGUCUAUUACUCGUCCCUUACCUAAUGUGUUCAGUGUGGGAAUAAUUGCGCCAUCAUAUUACAUAACUGGCCCAGCAUUUGUUCUCAUUCUGAGGCAACUUUUGAAAAAUUGUGGCAAGCUUCCGUGGGCCUUGAGUUUGACACUUGUGCUUAAAUGUGUAUUUAAUGUUCAAAUGUAAU